AUGGAACGCGUCGGUGAUCCCAAUGACAACGAUAAUGGCAAUCCGCCCGAAGUUGCACCCCAGGAAGUACAUGUGUCAGCGACUUCGAGGGAGCCCCCAAAAAACACUGAGGGCGAGCCGGGCCGUGUUCUGCAGAGGAAGUCUAUCAUUAUCAAGCGUCAGGAAGAAGCAGAGCCGAGGGCCACUGAGGCGCAAAAUCAGUUGGCAAGACUCGUGGCCGAGAAGAAUACAGAAAUUGCGACGCUCCUCACUAGACUAGAGCGGGCCGAAAGUGCAGCUCGUGCAGCAACCACGAAGCUCCAAGUGGCUGAAUCAAGGGCGCACAAUGCAGAAAAGAGGUCCUCAUACCUACAAGCCAGAUUGCAAAAGGAAGGGCAAGAGGCCCGAUCCGAAUUCGAGGCUCUGGAAACCAAGAUACGCUCUCUCACCCGUGACCUUGAGGGAAGCGAGACAACUGUCCGUCACCUCAUUGAUCAGCUAACCCAGGAUAAAGUGGAUGGAAGAUGGAACCCAUCUGCCGACCAGGACAUUCGGGAUUCCCUGAGCGCACUGGACGCGAAGGUCAAGAGCUGGGCCAAGGAAUGGGCCAACACCACUUUUCGAAUCGAUGCCCUAGAUCCAGCGGCAGCACGGAAAUUGAUAAAGAAUAUCGCACAGUUUGUGCAGUUGCUGCCAGAUGGCUCUCUGCCUUCUGCUAUCGGAAGACCUUCUGCAAGAUUGAAAGAAAAGUUACCUGUAAUCCUAUUGUCUGCCACUGUUGCAAGGGAGAUUCAGAUGAUGUUCUUCAAAGAUCCUUUCUUCUGUUCCGCAUCGCGAUCGGAAGCGUUGCAAGCCGUACUCCAGACCAUGGCGAUAGCAAAUCCCCGCGAAGCUCACCUUUGGAGAUGCACUUUUUGGCGUCUUCUCCAUCCACCACAAACUGCUCAUUCCACUGAAGCUGAACGCUCAGUCUGGGCAAAAACGAACAAAGAAGUCCAGGCGUAUUGUGAGGAAGUGGACAACGACUAUUGCAAAGAAGGCGAAUUGUUUCCCUUGCUGGCGCCUGUACAAUCUGACCGGGAGCGGCAAAACCGUUCAGCUGGGUUGCGGGCAAUUCUUAUGGAAGCAGCCUGGAUCGCACAGAGGCUCUGGUCACAGCCAACAUAUCUGCAAACAGUCGAUCUGCCAUGGUUUCAACGACAGGGCGUAACAUUUGACAUCUCGUCACCGUUGAUGCAAGCCCAUACCAUGAACAGAGUAGAUCACGACAACCCUGCGCACAACGGACGAAAAAUACUGAUGGUGACGAGGCCUGGCCUUUCGAUAUCCGAAGGAGACGAUGUCAAGGGCCUUGAUGGAGACCAAUACCGAGUCCUGGCGAAAGCUAUCGUCUGGCUUGAAGAAGGGCCACUCGGUUCGGAGCGGUAA